AUGGAUGUUCCAUCUUAUUUUAUUUUUUAUGUCCAAAAAAUCGAGUAUCCUCGAAUGAUUUAUUCACAAUAUACACUAACAUACAUAACAGUUGAAUUACAAAAGGUUACACUCGGAAUUAAACAUUCAUCUGAAAAAGUUCGAUCAAAAACAGCAACUUUAGACAAUGCAAAUUGCGGAGUAUUUGAAUGUGAAGCUUGUUUCAACAAUCCCAAGCAAGAUAACAAACAAAAACUUAUACAUAUCGUAAUUGGCGCCGUACAAGAUUCAGAAAUUGAGAUUGGUAGCAUUGAUCUCGAUUUAGAAGAUAUAGAUAAACAUAAAUCGAAAUUAGCUAUCAAAAAGAUUCGUUUUGGAAAACAUCAAAAAGGAAAAUUGUAUUACAGAGCUAUAGUUCUGCCAAUUACAUUUUUCCCGCACGGAAAACCAAUAGACUUCUUUGCUUCAGUUCCUAUCAACAAUACAAAGGACGAUAUCUUAACAAAUCUUGCUUUGACACAAACUCUUACUGAAAGUGUCUAUGAUGAAGUUCACGAAAACUUUGUACAAUCAAAUGACAACAGGGUUACGUCUCUUAGCAAAUUUACUAAAACUUUUGAACCAAAAUCUUCAAAUUCUUCUUCACAGCAACAACAACCAACACUAGCAAGAGACACUCAACGCAUAUCAAGUAUUAAGAAACUUACCAAGCAUAUGGUGCGUCCAGAUGAAGGAGAAGAAGAAAUAAAUCCAGAAAAUGUUCAAUCAGCAGAAAAAGUUGUAGAAAUCGACCAUUCGCAAGAAGAAUUGAAAGAAAUGAUGAAACAUUCCAAGAAAAAGCUUGUUUCUGCAAUGGUUGCGCAAUUUACAGCAAAAUUCAGUUUAAUUGUAUUUCAGAAGAUUGUUUGCGCAGAUUUAUUCACAGAAGAUAUUUCUCAAGACCUCAUUGCACCUGUUCUUGAGUUUAAUUUACUUUCUGCUCCAAAAAUUUCAUCCGACCAAUUGAUUUAUGCUUUGAUGCCACUUUUCUCUGCAAUUCACAUUACCCUUAAGCGUAGAUCCGAAGUUGUUCCUUUAUUUUCACUUUUAUCUUCAUUAAUCAAUUUUGGCAUUUUAUUAACUUCAGAAGCUGAAUAUUAUACUACUGCUCAUGUUCCUGUCAUGGCCAGCCUUGACGGACACAUUUCUAUUUUGAUUUCACAGCUUUCCUGUUUCUUAUACGGUCCAUUAGUUUCUUCCAUGACGAAUAACCCUUUGGAAGCUAUGACAAGUCAAUCAGCAACAGAUCUAUCGAAUAUUCUUCAACAAUUUUUCACUGUUGCGAAGACUUACGUCAAAUCAAAGUAUAUAAUGAAGCUUCUCAUCGAUAGAACAUGUUCUUUGACCGAUGAAAUUGUUUCUAACUGUUUGAUACAGUUCUCGCAGGUAUUUACUGAGGAACAAUGUGCAAAUUUGAAGAGAAAAAUUGAAAAACUCAAAGAAUACUUCGCAUACAACGUCAAAGAGAUUCCUGUUAACUUCCCUCACAUGCAGCAGAUCAUUUCUAAGAGAAAUAGGAACGUACAACGCGUCGAAUCCGCAAAAGAUGAAGAUGUCAUUUUCUCAUUUGACGAACUUCGACGUAUUGCUAUUGAUGAGGAAGGAAAACCUUCUACACAAGCAAAAUAA